UCAAAAUUUGUUUACAAAAAGGUCGACUUGUAGUUGUUUCUAAACAAAAGAACAUAAAAUGUACGUAAAUUUCGUUAGUUUUUAAUCAUUUUCGAUAAAUCUCAGUCAUUUAAUACUCAAAGUAAUAUCCUGAAAUGGAUGCACUGUGCUGUGACUUAAGAAUACCUAAACAUCAAAUAAAAUCCACCAAAACCGACAAUCGAUUUGUUGUGUUAACGAACCGAUCAUGGCUAAAGUGUAUAAUUAAGCAGAAAAAAGUUGGGGAUUUUCCCAUCUAUAAUUCGGAUCGAUGGCCGGAUAAUAGCAAACAGAGCGAUAAACUGGAUACGUGGUUGAUUCUCAAUAUUUCUGUGAUAGCUAAGGGCAAUGGUACAAGUGUUUUCGCUCCAUCUAAUCAGCGAGAUAGUGCGUCGAAUGAUACGCCUCUAUGUUAUUCUCAACUCAUGCACUACAUAUCACAAACCAACUAUCAAAAUUUGUGGAAAUUUGCGCAUCACAAAUACUCAAAUGUUACGUCGCAGACAUUCCAUCAGCCGAAUAUCGGUAAAAAUGUGGAUAAGACAACGUUCAAACAAGUCUCAUUCAAUGAUGUUCUGAGAGACAUCAUAUCACGGAUGUACAACGUAUCGAUUAUUCAAAUUCGAUCAGAGACCAGCGUGGACAACACCGCUGCGCUCAACGAUUUCACCUCAUUCGACGCCCAUGCCAAUUUAUGUGCUGCUAUUGCGGCGCUAGAAACCGAUUCCAGUUUCGUUAUCUUUCACAGUUCCUUUAUUGCCAACAAUUUACUGGACUGUGUAACAUACAGCCCAGCCGUUCUAUCGAAGUCCUAUAACAAACCGUUGUUUCUGAUCUACCAGCUGCUCCAGUUAACAAAUCAUUUACAUUCGCGUGGAAUGUUCUUGGGUAACAUACACCUAUCCGACAUGUACAUGAAACAGAAUCUGUGGCUGUACGUCUUUCCUCGUAUUGAUGCUUCCGUACUCGAUUGUGAUAAGGUUAUACGCAUGGAAGAGCAACAGAAAACUAACGAUGAGCCGCGUACAUCACCACUCAGUCUGCAUGAACACUGUAAAAUGUGGAGCCAAGGAAAAUUGUCCAAUUAUGAUUAUCUGACAAUACUGAACAACUUGUCGGGUCGACGAUUGGGAUGUCCACAGUUCCAUCACAUAAUGCCGUGGGUUACUGACUUUGCGUCCAGGAAUGGCAGCAAUUGGCGGGAUUUAAAGAAGUCUAAAUACAGGCUGAAUAAAGGCGAUGCUCAAUUGGACUUGAUGUUCUCGCAAUCAUUGGAAAAUGCAGUGCCACAUCAUGUGUCCGACAUACUAUCGGAAAUCACCUAUUUCGUGUACAUGGCACGCCGGACACCGAAACAUAUUCUCUGCGAAAAUGUCCGAUCAAAGUGGAUACCAGCCGAGUAUCCCGUUUCCGUGCAACGACUUCAGGAAUGGAGUCCCGACGAGUGCAUACCGGAAUUUUUCUCCGAUCCACUGGUCUUUAAAAGCAUUCACGAAGAUUUGAUGGACCUGGAAGUUCCGACAUGGGCAACUUGUCCGGAAGAUUUCAUUGCAAAACAUCGUGAAGCGUUGGAAAGUCAACACGUUUCCGAGCGUCUGCAUCAUUGGAUUGAUUUAAACUUUGGAUACAAAUUGACCGGGUCCGCUGCAGUGAAAUCGAAAAACGUUUGUUUAUCAAUGGUGGACGAACACACCAAUCUCUCCGACCAUGGUAUCGUUCAGCUGUUCAACCAUCCGCAUCCACAGAAAAAAUAUCACACGCCAUGGACAUCCGAUGUGCCGCCACGAAUUUAUUCACACCACGACUCCCGCCGUCUCACCAAAAGUUCUGAAGACAUAACCAACUAUCGUUAUGCUGACCACGAUAAUACACAAUCGGAUAGCACCUGGAAUCGAGAUUCUGGCCAAGACGAAUAUUCGUCUAGCAUUGAACGAUCGGCCAGUUAUCACAUGAAUGUGCAAAAAUCGCAAAAUCAAAUUAUUCUACCGAAGGAUUACAGUCCUGUGGCAGCGCUCAAUAUUAUUGAGAAUAUGGAACUGUUCAUUAGCAACACGUUCCAGAAGAGCAACACUACCCAUUCGAAUGCAUCAGCUUCAACUGACUCCGGAGACAGCAAAACGGAUAAAAAUCUCGUCAACAACAAAAAGAUGUCACAGAACUGCAAACGAUUAAUUACCGAGCACUGUCAGCGUGACCUACAAGUCUUAGGAUGCAUCAUAGUCGAGAUCUUUUUAGCUCAAAAAAUUCGACCGUUAUCUGGACUGUGCUUGCAAUCAUUCGAAAAAAGGGUUGAGGUGUGUUCCAACGUGCUGGCGAGUAAUCUUGACCUCGUUCCUAAAUGUGUGCAAUAUCCAGCUUCGGUGUUGCUCAAUAGCCAAGUAAACGAAAUGAUAACCGAAAGGGGUCUACCGCCACCAUCAGCUCAUCAACUUCUGCAACCAUUGCUCAACAACAUCCUCUUUCCGUUUCCAAUAAGUUUCAACAAGGCCUACAGUCUGAUAAAAUCAAUGGUCCAAUUCGACGCAACCAGCAAUUUACUGGAACUGUUAACAUUUGCUGAGUGCAACGGUGACGUAUCAUCGGACACCAAAGAAAAAGCUCGACUGGCUUUUCAUCGGAAAACAGCUGCCUGUAAGGUGAAGGCAUGCGUGACACAAAUAAAAGAUCUUCUCGAACCCACUGCUUACGAGCAAUUCAAUGUGAUCGAGAUAAUCCUGCCACACAUAACGGAAAUGCUGUUAAAUGGCGAAUCGGGCAUCUUAGUCGCUUGGUACUUAUUCGACGAUCUGGCAGCCGCACUGGGUCCGAAAUUAACUUGCGAACAUUUACUGCGUCCCAUUUUGCAUUUAUACGAAACCGAUAACGAGGAGCGUUUGUAUUUCCUGAACAGUAAUUCCGAUUACUCAAUACAAUACAGCUCCACAGCAUCGCUGAAAAGUAUGAAGGCUGUCAAACUGUACCAUCACAGCUUUCUACAGCGGCUGAUUAUCCGCUUCGGUCUUCGGAAGUUCUUGGAGAAUUUCAUCUCGCCGUUGAUUGAAGCUGUUGGUGGAUACAAAGAAGUGGUUGAUGUGGAACCAGACACUGCAACAGUUGACAAGCAAAUGGAACUUGUCGAAUCGAAAGAAGAAAAGGAGGAUGAAAAUCUGGACGUACAGCCGGAUGUCUGUGCAGAGCAAGAGGAAAUGUUUACGUUUGACGGUGAAAUGGAUAGAAACAAAGUGCCCAAUCAAGACGAAAGCAACAACAGUGAUAACAUCAUGAAAAUUAUGGAUCAGUUUGACAUUUCAUCGGAAGGUAGUCUACUCGAACUCCAUCUCAACAAUUCAACAGCAGAAGAAGCAAUCGAAGGGCCGAAGGCUGAAAGUGCGGAAAAGGAGUCUAAAAGUGGCCCAAGGAAUAUUGGCCCAAAAUCGCCCGAUAUCCCAAUACCAACAUUUCGCCGGAGUACCGAACUCAGCACAAUUGAUUGCGAGAUCGGCAGCAAUUCAAAGAAAAUUGAUCCGAAUGAGUUGAUGGCAACUGAACCGAAGAAGCCAGCAGAGACGAAAAAACUACUUCCCAACAAACCCGCCACGAACAACCACGAAAAUCGAAUAUCUGAAAUGAGUGCCGAAAGUUUAAUUUGGCUGUCGUACCGGCUGGGACCGAUUUUGACGGGCAGAUACAUUUCCCGAAAUUUACUGAAAAUGUUGACACUGUGCUACGUCGGCCAGGAGAAUUUGAUACCUCUGCCGUAUCAAGACAUCGAAAAGAAGGAAAAUCUUUUGACAUUUUCAAUAUCGAACGGAAUCGUUGUGGGAGACGUUAAUGCUGCAAAGGUUCUGGAAUGUUUAACGUCAAUGUCAGCAUUGUACGGCGAUCAAUUUGUGCUGCUUCAGUACUUUCCGCAUGUCAGCGAACUGAUACUUUUGUGCAAAAAACGAAUAACAUCCAGCCUGGAAGGCGGUCUUAUCAGCUCUCUGCAGCUGCUGAAAUAUUUGGUUCCAUGUCUCACUGAUGCCGUCAUUAUGGAUCAACUGCAUGAUGUGAUUCUGAAGAGCAUCAUCAAUCCGAUAAUUCGGCUGCUUGGGUCUAGUAAAUGUCUGAUGCCGAGCGGUUUCUUGGCAAGGGGAGUACUGGCACGGAAAUUAAUCGAUGUGUUUUACGUCAUUGCCGUUCGAAUUGGUCCUGAGAUGACGAGAGAACAUUUAUGCGUACCGGCUUUGCAGAGAUAUUUUCUAAUCUUCGACAAAGCCUAUGGGAUAUCUGAACACUUCCGUAAAAGUGAACAGCGGAACAAGAACGACGACGCAAGUUCAAACUCAUCGGACGAUUCCAAUUUUGUCGAAAUUCGUCGAGGUACUGUUGCCCCUCGCGAAUGGAGUAUGACCAAAGGAGCUCCAAUUCAAAUUUCACUGGCCAAAGCGAAGGGUGACAGUUCAGUGGAAAGCAUAACACCUCCUCCGUUAGCGAACAUGGAAAACAGUUUUGCAACGUCAGUCGUCACCCGUGAUAGAGAAGAAAUUGUCGAAGUGUUCACUCCGAAUCUAGCGCACGUGUCGUUUAUUCCGUUCCUGAAAUUUCUCGGCGAGGCCACAAUGAAUCAAGUCGUCAAGAAUAUUUCGCUGAUUUUGAAUCUAUGCCACGAAUUCGAGCAACCCGACUGCAAAUUGGAUCAGUACAGAGAGUUCGAUCUGUCAUCGUCAAGCAAAUUUCGGGAAUAUGACGAUUCCGUCGACGAUCAGUAUUCGAAUAGUUUCGGGACAACGGUUGUCGGAAAUCGCAUCCAAGUGAAACGUGCAAUUGAAUCGGAAAUCGCACCGACUGAAAUGUUGGACUUGGUCGCGUACAAGUACGAGCAAAUUAACACGGCCCGACAUUUGACUGGACACUGGACGAUAUAUUGGGAGCAUGAAAUUGGAUUGUCCGAGAAGGAUUACAGUUUCAAUUUGAAGCAGAUCAAACUGCAGUCAUUCGUCGGCCAUUCCAAUUCAAUCAGAUCGAUUUGCUGUUUGGAUAAUGAAAACAGUUUUAUGUCGGCAUCCAAGGACAAGACCGUCAAACUUUGGUCGAUGCGAAAUCAGGGCGAUGGCAAAGAAAUAUCGUCCUGUCAAUUUACGUAUACCAAGCAUCGAAAGUCAGUUCAUUCACUCGCAUUUCUAGAAUCCUUACGGCUGGCCGUGUCUUGCGAUUCAGGUGUACAUCUGUGGGAUCCGUUCGACGGUUCAAUACUCAGUCAAUUAGACUCGCACAAGCUGACGCCAAUAAGUGUAGUGAAAACGUUCCCAGCUCCCAGUCCUCUCAUACUAUGCGGCACUGCUGAAUCAACAAUCAAGAUAAUCGAUGCUCGAACCUUCGCGUAUGUAAAUGAAUACAAAUGUUUUAAUGACCGAAACUGUGGCGGUGGAAGUGUUCGGUGCUUGUGUAUAUCGCCGAACGGUAAAUGGGUGGCGAUUGGUCUGAGUUCAGGUCAAAUAUGUGUUUUUGAUGGGCUAUCUGGAAUAAUUCUGGCUUCUUGGAGUUACCAUGGGGAGUUGUUGCAGCUAGUUUUGACUAAUGAAACGCUUAUCAGUACUAGUCUUGAUCAUAGCAUUUGCGUUUGGAAAAUCGAUGGGAAAUUGCUGUUUCAACUCAAAAGUCCAGCCGAGCCUGUACAUUGUUUACUGAAGAACGAAAAGGAACUGGUUUUCGCUACACCAAAUAAUCGAAUUGGAGUCUAUCCAGCAAUUGAAUCAGGUAGUUCGUAUUCAAUAACAAAACUUAGAUCUGAAAAUUUCAAAGGCGUGGUGACUAGUAUAUCACUUCAACCGUUGAACAGAACAUUGCUGAUUGGAGGUGAUAACGGUGUAAUCACUUUGUUUUGUUAAGUGUAACUUUUGUCAUUCAAUUUGAGGAAAUAAAAUGAGGCUAUUUUGAACAGA